GAAAUACAAGUCAAUAGGCUACCUAUGAAGCUACGAGGACAGAGAGUGUAGAAGAGAAAACGAACUCGUAUUGUUACAGGUAGAGAGUUUCACUUGAAUGAUCAAAACGGCAAGAGUCAGACAAACGGCAACCCUCAACAUGUCCAACCGGUACAUGUCAACAGCUCGUAGACACGGUUUAGCUGAGGUGCAUCUCUCGACGCCAGGAGCUGUAUCUGGCCAAAUAAACCAGGACUUCUAUAUCUCUCAUCUGAUUCGUCAACUUGAAGACUUGGACAUGUCAAGUGGCGUCAGAGCACAGAAGAUAUUUCCAUCAACACUCAAUUCAAGUAUCUACCUGACCACCUGCCGUAGCCCAUCAGAGUCUGUCCAGAGCCAACCACAGAGAGCCCAGUUCAGGAUGAUCCACAGACGACCAACGAUCAACAUCCAUCAUCUCAACAGCAGGCUACGGCACCCGAGUUUCACCAAACAUAACCAAGGGGAGGGCCGGGACACAAGCUCCAGUGAGUCUCUGAAAAUCACACCUGUCCAGGCGGCUUACACUGUCAAUUCGAGGGACAGGAGAAAGGGCAAUGCAGAGAGGAGGGUAAAGACAUUCUACUGUUGGGGCCCAAUGAAUGACAGAACAGGGCUUUGGUCAGGAACCAGCACUGAUGGCUCAAAGCGAAACGGUAGCAGCACACCGGCGGACAUCCACUCUGAUGCCAGCGAUCUAUCCGACCAAGAGAAAGGGGGUGCCCAGGCCCACGAGUGGGUCACGCCCGAAGUGGAGCUCCGGUUGAGGCCUGAACCUUUCGACUUAGACCUGGACUCUGACUUGCACUUCUCGGAGUCGUCGGAGGCCCAGUCGCCAUUUGCAGAGGUGCUCCCUGCAUCUCUGAAAGUGUUGGAUCUGACCCGGAGUCUGCCCAGCACGGCCGAUUGGGAAAGUCGCCAGAGCCUGCACAUGCGAGAGCCUUCAUUGGUUGCCAUCGUAAGCAGACUAUCUGAGAUGGAGGAUCUGCAGGCGGCCACAGUACAGCGAGAGCUGACCAAAACGGGCCGGUGUCGGCCGGCUACGGCCGUCAGCUUGACCAGGAGCACUUCUCGCUUGAGGAAAGCAGAUUCAGUUGUGUCCAGUGUAACGGAACUGAGCCUGUCUCGCGACUCACGCACUAGGCCGACUUGUGCUCCUUACAAACAGAAUUGCAUCAGGGUGGGCGCAAGGCCACAUACAGUCUUUAAGAGGCCCUGUUCCAGCUCAGCCAAACUAAACAGAACAGAGACCCUUGUCCAGGUCCAGUCUUGGGGUGAGGGAUCGACACCAAAACCUACAGGUUGCACCAAAAUCAGAAAAGCCAAAGCGAGCAAGAAAGGCACAUUGACCUCCUACAGAGUGUCACCACCAAGCUCUGCAAAAAAUAAAACUAAAGCCAGGGACUUGAGAAAGGCUUAACAAUUUGGAGACAGGGAUUACACAGACUGUGCAUUUAGAAAGCCUUUUCCUUUGACAGGGUGUUUCCUGAUCACUGCACAAUGUUCUCGAAGUAGAACAUGACAGCUGAGUGAACUAGUGUACCAGUCAAUGAAUGUACAAAAUAUCUCGUCAGACCUUACCUGAACCCUUUGGUGUCAUAACGAUAUAACAUGUCAAAGUCAGGCAAUGUUAUCUAUGUAGGUACUGGAAGCUAGUUGACUAGUGGGAAUUAGAAUGCCUAAAUAACACUUUUUUGUUCAGGGUCCAAAUUAUACAAACUCUUAGGUGUGUCAAAAUCUUGACUAUUUUGAGUGUGUCCACACUGAUGUUUAAGUUCAUAUUCUAGCACCCCUUAAAUUCAAACCAUGGUUGAGCCAUGUUUAUUUUAAGUCAGUUGUCAUUAAGCAGACAGGCUAAGUCAUGAUUGUUUUGUGACAGCUUGUCAUUAAGGCAACACGAUUAUGUAGACUAUGACAGCAUCCAAGUAAACUUUUAUCAAAGAAACUCAAAAUCUUCUGGU